AUGGCGAACGAUCCGUCCGAGUCAGCGAAAAUCGUAGAGACGUCGGGUAACUUCCGGGACUACUUGAUACCAUUGGAUCAUCCACGACUACAUCCUAGCGAUCGCGAUGCUCGGACGCAUGCCAAAGGCGUAUUGGGCAACGAGCAGAUCUUCUUGACGCCUGUAGCGCGAGGAUGGGUGGAGAACUAUAACAAGCCGUACUGGGGCUUCACAACUAAUGGUGCUGUCGUUCCGGAUCUGUGGCAUUAUGAUUCCGCGGCCAAUGGUCCUACGGCUGGGAUGGUCGAUGCUGCGACGGGAGUAAUCGCUACUGCCACCGAGCAAGAGAGCGAAAGCUUUAAAUAUCCGGUCGAUGCGAGGGAGUGGCGGUCGUGGUCAAAUCCUGAGGUCAUUGUUGUUGACUCGGGCCUUCGCGUGGAUGAAAUGUCUGCACAAUUGCGUGAGGCGGUGCACAAUCUACUUAAAGCGAGUUUAUCACCUGAAGGCUAUAAAAAAGUCUGGACGGCCAUGCUCAUGAAUGCGUUUCUUGGUGAUCUCACGCGACUCAAGAACGUCAUGAACGAGCACUCCUACCACUUCUGUCUGUUUGGCGAGCCUUCCGAAGACAGACCAUGGGGUUUCAACAUCUUCGGUCACCACUUAUGCCUGAACAUCUUCACACUUAAAGGCGAGGUGGUAGCGGGUCCUUUCUUCAUUGGUGCAGAGCCGAACAUCAUCGAUGAGGGACCAAACAAAGGUCUUCGUAUGCUCAAUAAAGAGGAAGAGGCCGGACUGGCCUUCAUGAAAUCGUUGUCAACAGAGCAGCGGACCAAGGCAACUCUACGAGGCGAUAUCAACGAUAUCACUGGCGAGACGAUGGACGCAGGUCGCUGGAAUCCAGCUGAUCUGCGUGGUCUGGGCGGCGCACAUCAAGACAACCGCAUAGUGCCCAUGGAAGGCGUCAAUGCCAAAGACCUGGAAACAGCACAGCAAGAAGCGCUUCUCGACCUAAUCGCAAUCUUCAACGAGCUCUUGCCCUCAGGACCAAAGGAAGCUCUCAUGAAACGAGUUCGAGCACAUCUGGGCGAGACGCAUUUCGCUUGGAUCGGACCAGUCAACGAUACCUCACCAUUCUACUUCCGCGUCCAUAGUCCGAUCGUCAUGAGCGAGUUCGAUCACCACAAUGGAGUCUGGCUUGCGAACGCACUACCGAAGAAGUAUCACAUCCAUACUAUCCAACGCUUGCCGAACAGAGGUGACUACGGUACCGCAUUGUAUGAGGAGUGGCUACAGCAGCAGAGCAGUGUCAGUGGAAAGAUCUGA